AUGCCCAGCUAUGUGAAGUUCCUCAAAGAUAUAUUCGCAAACAAGAGGAAGAUCAGGGAAAAUGAAAUCGUUGCACUAACAUACGAGUGUAGUGCACUCUUCCAGAAUAAUAUCCCCAAGAAAAUGAAAGAUUCGGGAAGCUUCACAUUGUCGUGCUCGAUUGGGGGGAAAGAAGUCGAAAACGCACUCUGUGACUUAAGGGCAAGUAUUAACCCGAUGCCCUUAUCAAUCUUCAAAAAGUUAGACAUUGGCAACACAAGGCCCACCACAGUCACAUUACAGUUGGCUGAUAGGUCGAUAACGCAUCUGGAGGGCAAGAUAGAGGAUGUGCUUAUGCAAGUAGACAAAUUUAUCUUUCCAGCUGACUUCAUUAUACUAGACUACAAAGCUGAUAUUGAGGUGCCAAUUAUAUUGGGUCACCUAUUUCUCGCAACUGGGCGUGCACUGAUUGACGUACAAAAGGGAGAGCUUACUAUAAGGGUUGAUAAUCAGCAAGUUAAAUUCAACGAUCUUAAUGCAUUAAAAUACCCGAAUGAUAUAGAAAACUAUCAAUAUAUUGGGGAAUUGCAGGAAGGACAAUGGCACAGCUUCAAGAAGAAACUAAAGAAGAAGAUUUUGAGAUUGGCACAAUGA